UUUCCCUCUCUUCUCUCCGUCUCUUUCGUUCUGAUUCUGAUUGUUCGUGUAAAACCCUAGAUGACGAUGGUAAGUUUGAGCACGGAGGUCGAAACUCAGUCACUGAAAAAACUCAGUCUCAAAUCUGUUACUCGAGCUCGUGAACUUUUCUCCCCCGUCCAUGGCCAAUUUCCUCCGCUUGAUCCUGAAAGCAAAAGAAUUCGGCUCUGCCAUAAGAUUCAAGUUGCAUUUGGAGGCGUAGAACCCGCAAGUAAGCCUACAUGCCGUGCUGACCAUAACAGUGAAAAGACGGCUCCAUCGAAUGCCCUUGCCCUUCCAGGUCCAGAAGGUUCCAAGGAACUUCGAAAAGGCACAACAGAGAAAGCUUUAGUUGUUGGUCCAACUUUACCGUCAAGAGACUUGAACAAUACUGGUAAUCCAGGCAAAAGCACGGCCAUUCUUCCUGCAUCUGGAUCCUUUUCUGAAAGAAAUCUGUCAACUGCUGCUUUAAUGGAGAGAAUGCCUAGUAGAUGGCCCCGUCCAGAGUGGCAUGCACCAUGGAAGAAUUACAGGGUGAUCCAGGGACACUUGGGUUGGGUCAGAUCUGUUGCGUUUGACCCAAGUAAUGAAUGGUUUUGCACUGGUUCAGCUGAUCGUACCAUCAAGAUAUGGGAUGUAGCGACCGGAGUUCUGAAACUCACACUUACUGGACAUAUAGGGCAAGUACGAGGCCUCGCUGUAAGCAAUAGACAUACCUAUAUGUUUUCUGCUGGUGAUGACAAGCAAGUCAAAUGCUGGGACCUUGAGCAGAAUAAGGUUAUUCGAUCUUAUCAUGGUCAUCUGCAUGGCGUUUACUGUUUAGCUCUUCAUCCAACGCUAGAUGUUAUACUAACCGGAGGGCGAGACUCUGUCUGCAGGGAUCCACAAGUUAUUACAGGGUCUCAUGACUCAACCAUCAAAUUUUGGGAUCUCCGAUUUGGCAAAUCGAUGCUAGAUAUAACGAAUCAUAAGAAGACUGUCCGAGCAAUGGCUCUCCAUCCGAAAGAGAAUGCUUUUGUUUCUGCAUCAGCUGACAAUAUCAAGAAGUUUAGCCUUCCUAAGGGAGAGUUUUGCCACAACAUGCUUUCUCUGCAGAGAGACACAAUUAACGCAGUGGCUGUGAACGAGGAUGGCGUAAUGGCCACUGGAGGUGAUAAAGGUGGCUUAUGGUUCUGGGACUGGAAGAGUGGUCACAAUUUCCAACAGGCAGAAACUAUUGUACAGCCUGGUUCGCUGGAGAGUGAAGCCGGUAUAUAUGCAGCGUGUUACGAUAGGACGGGUUCAAGGCUGGUAACGUGUGAGGCAGACAAAACAAUAAAGAUGUGGAAGGAAGACGAGAAUGCAACUCCUGAAACUCAUCCUCUCAACUUCAAACCUCCCAAAGAGAUCAGACGCUUCUGAGGUUUCUCUCUCUUACAAGUUACACCUCUCUAAUCUCAAACUCGAAGUCAGAGAAAAAAAAACCACUAAUUUCA